AUGGCCGUGUCUGCAGACGCCAAGAAGGCGGGGGCCGAGGCGCUGCGGGGCGGGGGUGCCGACGUCACAGACGACGACGUCGCCGAGCUCGUCCUGAAGGUGAGGUCGACGCUGAGCGCAGGGCGAGCCCCCCGUUCCAAGCGGGACGAGGCACGGCGCCUGGAGGCGGCGCUGGACCCGGUGGCCGUCCGCCUGGCGUCGGGGAACCCCGAGGUGCCAGGCUCCGCGAUGGCCGAGGCCCUCUGGGGGUUCACAGAGGCCGCCACUUUCGCCACGCAGACGGAGGGUCGGAUCAGACGAGUGGCGGCCGACGCCGAUGGCUGGGAGACGAUCGCGGAUCGGAUCUGGGCCCGAGCGGUGGGGGCCGACGGGAACACGCUGCCCGUCGACUGGGUGCUGCACCUUGGCAUGGGUCUCUUCCUGUCGAGCCUGGCGGUGGUGCUGGGGGCCGACUCAGUGCGACACCGCCUGGCUGGCGGGGCUGUAGGGCUGGUCGGGACCGUCCUGCUGGUACGGCGGGUGCCCGAGCGGGUGGUCGCCUGGUGGACACGCUGUCGGCGACGUUCGGCCUUCGCCGCGGCGCGGAGGCGCGGCGGGGACGGCCUGGACCGGACCGCCGCCGAGGCCGCGGAGGAACCUGCGGGCCCGCUGCACCCGCCGGGGCUUGCAGCACUGCCGCCUCCGCCGUGGGCCCCACCCGCCGAGGGCGCAGGCGCGGGUACCGCUGUGGGGAAGCCUGGCGCGCAGGACCUGUCGGCGCUGCGGGCGUUCGCCCAGGGCUUCCACGUUCCCCACGCUCCGGCAGAUGCGGAGCAGCUAGGACGGGAGGUGGAGAUAGUGGGCGCCACGCUGCGCGAGUUCCAGGCGCAGGCGGCCAUCAACGAGGACUGGGCCUGGCACUUCUGGGAGAGGAUCGCGGCCGUGGAUGGCGCCAGGGGGCUGCACCCUGACCUACGACGAGUGCUGCAGACUCACGGCUACGUGGGCGCGGGGACGACGUCCCCGCCAGGAGAGUCGUUGCAGCAGGAGCUGGACGCGCUGGUCGCCUCCCCUACGGCGCCUCACGGCGGGGGCAUGCACGCCUCCCCUGGGUGGGCCGUGGCCCCGCAGACCCAGCAGCAUCGGGAGGACAGUCGAUGGAACCUGAGCCUCCCGCCGGAGCUGCGGCGCGCAGCGCCGGAGAUCUACCGCACCAUACGGGGCGCGGGGGCGGCCAGCGCGCGGGACUGGCUGUCGCAGGAGGUGACGGGCCAGCGACACACGGCGGCCUGGACCGACCUGUGGACUGCCGCCACCAACGUGGACUACUUGCUGGGCGGUUGCGCGAACCAGUCCGAGCUGCUCACACGGUUGGCGUCCGACGAUGCGCUGGAGCUGCACCUGAGGCGGCUGGCGAGCUACGUCUACGAGAUGCGGACGAAGGACAAGGUUGGGGGGGCGGCCAUGGUGGCUGUCCGCCCGCCCGGGUCAGCCGCCGACUUGGCUCCGACAUGGCUGGUGGCCGAGGCCACGACCCACAGCCAGGCGGAGCACCAGCGCGACGAGAGGGUCCACGCCGCCAUCAAGCACGAGGGUCGCGGCGGCGGCCGUGGCGGGGGCCAAGGAGGUGCCGAGGUGGCGAUGGCGGGGGGCGCGGCCGCGGCCGAGGGGGUAAGCCCUCGGGCCGGGGCAAACCCCAGGCCUGACGGUCACUGGCGGACCGAGGGGCUUACGACCCGCCCUCGGUCCGAGCAGCCUAGAAUGCCAAUGACGGGUUUGUCAGGCUCGCUGACGCAGGCCUUGCAGUGGAAGGAGGCCGAGGCCAGGUCGUUCUUUCCCAUACCUCUACCCCAUCGGCCACAACAAGGAGCUUCCUCUUCAGGCAGGUUGAGGACGCGCUGGGCACGACGCAUGCGGGUGUGGCGUCGGGCCUGUGGGCUCAUCGAGCUCAUGAACGGGAUGGACCGCGGAUCCCUGGAGGCGAGACCAACGGGCCAGCGCGAGGCGAGCGACAACGAGAUGAUGCUGGCCUGGCAGCUCGUGCAGCAGUAUGCGUUACAGGACGCAGCGCGGUACGAGCGCGACUGCCGGGGGCUUGCCCCGACAGGCGGUCAAGGGACGGAUCUUGCCUGCGACAGAGGACCGCAGGACGCCUACACUGGAGAGCGCAAGGGUGUGAGCAAGCACGUGAUGAUGUGCGCAGCGGCGGACGGGGGGCUGGAGGCUGGCAGCCGCGGGGAUGCCGAGCCUGAGGACGCUCAGCAGCACCGCUACGACGACGACUGGCUAGGGCAGCAGUCCAGCUGCCGGGCCGCGCCGCCUAGCCCGAGGGGCUACAGCGUGGCGGAGUGGCUGGAGACAGUGAGGCGGGCGAAGAGAGAUGACGAGCGUGUGAUGGUGGUGAUGCAUCUCUUCGCUGGCCGUCGGCGGCGUGGUGACGUGCAGGAGGUGGUAGAGAGGCUGGCGAAGGAGCGGAGCUUGAGGGUGCUCUUCCUUUCCGCCGAUCUCCUGGACGACCCGCGGUGGGACCUGGCCAACCCCUCCACGUUCUCCUCCUUGAUGGAGCUGUGCGAGGGCGGCUGGGUGGAUAUCGUACUGGGCGGUCCGCCCUGUUCAACCUGGUCGCGGGCACGCUACAAUCGUCGCCGACCUGGUCCGCCGCCGGUGCGCUCGCGGCGGUGCCCCUGGGGGCUGCCAGGCCUCAGGGACUGGGAGGCCGCCAGAGUCGCGGAGAGUAACACCUUGACGCUGAACUUGUUGGCGCUCUGCGAGGCGUGCGGCCAGAGUGGCGGCGCCUUCCUCAUCGAGCACCCGGAGGACCCAGGGCAUGCGCCCUACCCAUCCAUCUGGAACACGACUGAGAUGCUGGAUUUCGAGACGAGGCGCUCGUCGCGGAGAGCGUGCUUGGACCAAUGCAUGUUGGGCGGACGGACGAAGAAGCCCACGUGCCUGAGCGGCACACUGCAGGGGCUGGAGGACCUGAACGAGCUGCGGUGUGACGGGUCCCAUGCCCACGAGACGGCCGAGGGCAAGCUGGCCGACGGCACCUUCCGCACGAGCCCGCUGGCCCAGUACCCCGAGAAGAUGUGCGAAACGCUGGGCUCCUUGAUUGUUCAGACCCUGGCCAUCUUCGAGCAGACCGGCUUGGGCGGCACCGGGUGGCGCAGGCCGCCGGAGGCCGACAGGUCGGUCACCGCCUGGAGCUCGCGGAGCACUACGACGCCAGCGGUAGCCGUGCGGAACGAGGAUGUGCUUCGCGGUCGGGGGUUGGUGCUGGAUGGGCCGCAGAUGGCCUUCUACCUACACGUCGACGACGGGGUGGUGAUGGCAGGUGGCAGCGGCUGUGGCCCACGGGCCUCUGGGAAGAUGCACCAGCUGGCGGAUGCCCUGGCCGAGGCCGGCUUCGUGGUCACCGACCGCACGGAGGCCAGCGACAUGCAGAAGGUGCUGGGCUACGCACCACAGGCGCGCCCGGCGCAGCUACGCUUGCCCCCGAAGAGGGCACGAGAGCUGGUGCAGCAGCUGGAGGCGAUGGGCGCCACCCGCUCCCUCCGCACCGAGGAGCUUCGGUCGCUCCUGGGGGUGUGGAUCUGGGGCGCACUACUUCGGAGGGAGCUGCUCUGCAUACCCAGCGCCGUCUUCAGGCUCCUGGAGAGGCACCCGCACCAGAGGGUGUGCACCUGGGCGACCGUCCGCAGGGAGCUGCGGGCUAUGGCUCGAGUAGUUCCACUAAUGUACGCCGACCUGGGAGCCCCGCCAGCCCCCGUGUAUUUCGCGGCGGACGCCAUGGGCGCCAACGUGGAGGACGACGGCGGUUGGGGCAUCCUGGUGACAGACAUGAGCGAGGACAUCGCGAAGGACUUCAUCGACACGGGCGGCAACUUGGGCUACACCGUGGCGCGACUGGACGGCGAGCUUACUGGAUUGCGGCGUCCCGAGCAGGUCAUCCGUCGGACGAAGCCCUUCAGCCUCCUCCCCGAUCGAGUGUUCAAGCCCGACGAGGACUGGACGAUCGUAGGAGCGGGGAGGUGGCGGGCGGCCGACCACAUCACGCUGGGCGAGGGGCGCUGCGUCGUGAAGAUCAGCAGACUGGCGGCCGCCACUCCUGCUUUACACCGCACCGUGCUGCCGAUCCUGGAGGACAACCAGCCAGUCUCGGGUGCGGUAUGCAAGGGGAGGUCCCCGGCGCACAUGUUGAACCACCUGUUGCGUCAGAAGACCGCAGCAGGGAUGGCAUCUCGUACGAAGAUUCUGAUUCCAUGGGUGGAGACGCUCAGGCAGCCUGCUGAUAAGAUAUCGAGGUGCCUGACUCGUGCUGAGCUCCGCGGCCUACCUCAUGUCGGGGCCGAGGAAGCUGAACAGCACUUCUGUUGA